ACGGAGGACUACAUUUCCCGGUGUGCUUUGCGCCGAGUGGCGGAAGUAGAUUAGCAAGAGGUCGCGGACAUGGCGGCACGCAUGGGAUGGUUACUGAGACAGCGGCUAUGGAAGGAGACAGUGACCGCCAGGAGAACAUUACGAGUAGGAGUUCCAUGUUCCUCUGCAUCCAGCCUCCCUCAGUUCACAGAUCCAGAAGUACAGAGUCUGUUGAAAAAAAUGACUGGGCUGAAUUUGGAAAAAGUCUUCCCGCCAAUUAAACAGAAGCUGAAGCCACCCUCAUACAAGCUGUUAACUGAAGAACAGUAUCAAGAGACUGUACAGAAAGCUGCUUUGGCUGCUGAGAAAUGCCUUAAGAUGCCACCAGUGCUGAAUGAGAGGAAACCCAUUGACAGCAUUUUGGCAGAAGAUACAAUUCUGUGUGAUGUAGAGACUGCUAAAUAUGUUUUCACAGAUAUUACAUACAGCACCCCUCACCGCGAACGAUUCAUAGUGGUAAGAGAGCCAAAUGGUGUCCUUCGGAAGGCCACGUGGGAGGAGAGAGACCGAAUGAUCCAGGUUUACUUCCCUCAUGAAGGCCGCAAGCUAGUUCCUCCCCCUGUCUUUCAGGCAGAAAACAUGCAGAUAUUGUUCAAACAGGAUAGACACGAGGAACUUCUGAACCGAUGUCUGGUCCAAUUUGAUCCCGAUUCUGCUGAGUAUAUCAGAGUGCAUCACCACACAUAUGAGGAUGUUGAACUGCAUGGCAAAUAUGAUUUAUUGCGCUCCACCAGACAUUUUGGAGGCAUGGCUUGGUAUCUGUGUUGCCGAAAGAAAAUAGAUGGGCUUCUCAUAGACAUGAUCCAAAGAGACAUGUUGGAUGAUGCCAUAAAUUUGGUGCGACUGUAUCACAUGUUGCACCCAGACUCUGAGUGUGCAAAAGAGUCCAGGGGAGCUGAUGGGGUUGAGCUGAUUAAGAUCUAUGUGAAGAUGGAGUCUCAGAAACCCAGAUACAUAGAACUGGCUCUGCAAGCGUAUCAGCAAUCUCUGAGUGGCGCAGCCUCAUCCUGAUUGUGAAAUAGUGACUCAUAUUGAUUCCCACAACACUCUUUGUCACGACCAAAGGGCCAAGUUCUUCCAAUUGUGCAUUCUUUCUAAAAGGAAAGGCAAUGGCAGAUUGUAUGUGUAAGGGGAAGAAGCUGCUGUAUAAUAAUGUGUAUUAUAAACAAUAUCCAAGCUUACCUUGUCUUUAAUUUUGUGUCUAAAGAUACUUAUUAAACUCAGCUGCUUAUUGCUGCUAU